AAACAAAUUGGAGCUAAACUGGCAACGUCGCUGUAUCCAUAUCUUUUUAAAAUUUGUUUUAACGGUUAUAAAUUGUUAUGGUGUGAUGAGCAUGUUAGCUUAAUUAGUUUUGAUUUGUUAUUAAUAUAUUUCGUUUUAUAUGUAUAACUAAUAUGUGUUCCACAAGAAUUGCAGUAGUAUAGUUGUUCGCCUGGAUACCAUCCACAAGAAGUUUAUGCAAUGGAUCCGUUCGUAUCUGAGACCGAUGAUGAAUCUAGCACAAAACCCCACCCUCCGUCUAGCACGAGAAAGUCAAUACGGAAACGUAAAAUACGGCUUACCCACGAAUUAAACAGUGGGGUUUCUACAAACCUUCCACUAAGGUCACCCACUUUUGGAAGAACUAAAAGGAAAAUCUCUAAUUCGUUCCUACCUCCGAUUGACAAUGUGUCAUUAGUUUCAAAAGUCAUUGUACAAAAAGCGCCAAUGGUAGUUAACAAAAAAACUGUCAAACAAUUAGAAAUGCACAAAUUGAAACUCCAACGAGGUGAAAAUAAACGAUCAAAAAGUAAAAGUGCAAAUGUAUCAAAUAAGAAAGAGAACUUUGUUGACUAUAGUGACUAUUUCCGUAAGUGCAGUGUAAUUUUGACAAGAUUGACGAGUAAGCAAAUGGAGGAAGCUUUGAAAAGACAUACAGCACCCUGUCGGGAGGAGGAGGUUCCAAAUGUGAUAACCAGUUCUCUUAGAAGAGGGUCAAGACUAGGACGGUCGUCAUCCACGGGUAAAACACAGGAUGAUGCAUUGAAGAAACAUACAGCAUCGCCUCAUAAUGGUGAGAACUUCGAAACCUCAAAAGAAGCAGCAGGUUCUCCUAAAAGAAGUUCCAAACCAGGUAGGUCGUCAUCAUCAGGUAAACUACAGGAAGAUGCAUUGAAGAAACCGUCAUUGUCUCAGUCAAGAGAGAGUUUGGAAGAUGUGGCAAAAGAAACAACAGGUGUCUCUAGAAGACGUUCGAAACAAGGACAGUCUCCACCAACUGGUAAGCAAAAGGCAUCUUCUUAUGAAGAAGCUAGUUUAGGAAAUGUCAAAACUGCGAAAGAAACGGCAGAUUCUCCUAGAACUAAUUCAAAACUAGGGCUGUCGUCAUCAACAGGCAAAAACCAGGAAGAUGCAUUGAGGAAAACAUCAUCUCAUGAUGGAGAGAGUUUGGAAGAUGUUGAGAUGGCAACAGACUCUAAAAGAAGUUCAAAACAAGGACGGGGAUCAUCUACGGAUUUAAAUGCGACCUUUGAAAUACCCGAGGAAGAAAUAAAAACAUGCAAAUCCAUUCUUCAAAAAAGUACGAGCCGCUCGCCUAAUUCAAACGCUCACCGAGUCACCUUUAACAUCACCAGUGUAGUUAUGGAUAACUUUAACACUCCAAUUCCGACACGGUUUCCAUCGGACGAUGAAAAAGAACACACCUAUCGUAAUAGAGGCAGAACAAGUUUCCCAAUUAAAACACCUACAACCGCAUCUAAAAAAGGAUUUUCGCCUGCCGUUAACAAACUCCACGCCGGGGCGACGCCAGCAAACCUAAAAACUACCGACAAGAAGGUUUUAAAAAGGGGUACCAUGCCCGAUUAUUCCAAAAUACAUCAAAAAAUGUACGACAAAAUGUUAAACAUUCAAGACUACAAAGAUCAGAAAAUGCGACGCGCGAAAUUACUCCUGUCCGGUCGCAAACCUGACUCUGGCACCAAGACGAACAAUCUUUCAACGACCAAAACGAACAAUCCUUCAACGACCAAAACGAACAAUCUUCCGCAGGCUGCCUCUGCGAAAAAGCAGGUCCACAGGAAGCUUAGUUUUUCGCGAGUGCCAACGUCAGACCAAGUAUUAAAUAACUCAAAGAGUGUGACCAAAAAUAAAAGUCCGACGAGAAGACGGGAACAAGAACUAUCGAUAAAGAAUAAAAGUAAUCCCGUUCGGAGUAGUAUGGAGAAUAUUAGAACGGAAAUAAAAGGUAUACGAAGCAAUAGGCGAUUUGAACUUUUAAUGAAAUUUCGUAGAGGUCAAUAACUCUACUUUUUUUAAUAUUUGAAUUUUUAUGUUCGAUUUUGUAGAAAGUUUAUCUUCUUUUUGUAGUUUAAAGGUUUUGAGUGAAAUGAUAUACAGUUGUUAACAUAUGGUAGUGAUUACAAAUAAAAAUUCUAUUUUUA